AUGGAGUACGAGUCGGUGACGUCUGACAUCUUGACUUGCUGCAUCGUCCGAGUGUUGGUGUUUCCUUUGAUGGCCGGGAUGGCUGGCCGGGUCUACAGAAGCACGGAGGCGCAUGGGAGUCUGCACGAGAAGUUGCCAGAAACGGGACAAGAGGUGACUUGCGAGUGCCUUUGGCAGAGGUUGCAAGGCGAAACGCAAUGGUGUUUCAACCAUGCACAGGAGAAGAGUGCUUUCGAAAUGAAGUGCGGCCAUGCGCUGCUGAUGAAGCGGGCGCAUCGCAGGAAGGAGAUCAUAAUGCUUGUGCUUUUCGCAAUCGGCACAGGCAUGUCAAUCUACAGCGGUAUCAAGUGCGUCGUGUACCACUACGACGCGCGGUUCUUGGCCUUAGAGGGCACGCUGCAAGCUUCGAUUCUGGCGAUGAUCAACGUAGAGUACUUCAUGCUGAAAAAGCUGCUGAACAAAUUCACCGAGGAGCAAGGGGAGCUCAUCCCGCAUGUCCACAUGCACCAGCUCUUUUUUGAGAUGGGUCUGAAGUUCCACAACUGUGAAGUGUGCCGUCACCAGAUGAAGGGUCCCCAUUACGUCGCAUACAGAUGCAGAACGUGCGACUUCAACCUCUGUCCAAGGUGUUACAAGCAGAAAGACAAGCACCACGCCAAGGGAUUUGGUGCACGUGGCCCAGAUGGAGAGCAAAUCACGACAUGGACAUACUUCAAGCGAAUACUGCAGCUCUCCCGGGAAUUGUGGCCUAUGAUGGUGGCAGCUGUCACUUGCUUGCUCAUCACGCAGGCAUUGCAAAUCUUUGCUCCAGAUGUGCAAGGGUCGAUCUUCGAUGGCAUCCUCGCAUACCUGAAGAACCCCGAGGGCGGAAGAUCAAAGUUUGAGUAUGCCAUGCUCACCUAUGUUAUCAUAAAUUUUUUGCAGGGGUGCUUCAGCGGCUUCAGAGCUCUUGCGCAAGAAUUGGUGCAGCGACGCAUGGCCUGUUCUGUCCGCUCGAAGCUCUUUGCAAGCGUGGUCCGCAUGGAUAUCGCAUUCUUCGAUACCAUGCACACUGGUCAGUUGAUAUCGCGCCUGACAAAUGAUGUCAGCGACCUGGACGAGCCGCUCAGCACGUUGAUGAAUGAUCUGCUGGCCAACCUUCUCUUGCUGGUGGGCAGCAUGUUCAUGGCUUUUCACACUUCUUGGAAGCUGUCGGUCCUUGCACUUACCAUUGUGCCUCCGAUCUCUUACAGCUACCGUGCAUAUGCCACGUGGGCCAGGAACAUCACAAUGUCCAUGUACUGCGCGUAUGGUGAGGCAAACAGCACUGCAACGGAUGCCAUUAGCAACAUCCGUACAGUGCGUGGUUUUGCAGCCGAAGAGCAGGAGACUCUCAGAUACUUAGACAGCAUCAACACAGCCUUAGGUCAAGGUGUGAGGAAUGCUUACGUUGGAGCUUUGGUGACUGCCUUCUCAACGUAUCUCAAUUUGGGCACGGCGGUGCUUAUUUUGUGGUAUGGUGGCCAGCUGGUUUGUGACGGGAAAGGGGAAGUGACGAGUGUCGGCUCUCUCAUCACGUUCCAGCUUUAUUGGAACAUGAUGAACGGUGCUUUCCUUGCUCUCGGGAACGUCCUGAACCAGUUGAUCCGUUCCUCGUCGGCUGCGGAACGGGUCUUUUCCUUGAUGGAGGCCAGCCGCCCCGAUGGCCCUAACGAUGGCCCUCCAAGGAGGGCGGUGAUGGAGGUCACGCGCGAGUCGGUGCAAGGCCACUUGCAGCUUCGUGACAUCUACUUUCAUUACAGGUCUCGUCCCGCGACUUUGGUGCUGCAAGGAGUUCACAUAGACAUGCCCCCUGGGACCACCACCGCUCUUGUGGGCAAGAGCGGAGGUGGAAAGAGUACUUUGAUUCAUCUCCUCAUGAGAUUCUACGACCCAACUGCUGGGGAAAUUUUCCUGGAUGGCCGGAGUAUGACGACCCUGUCCUCCAGGAGUGUUCGUCGAUGUUGCGGUUUCGUUGCGCAGGAGACACAGCUUUUCUCUUGCACCAUAGUUGAAAACCUUGCCUACGGAAUAGGCAGAGACUACACUCUUGAUGAAGUAGUUGAAGCUUGCCGAGCAGCCAACGCGCAUGAGUUCAUUCUGGAGAUGGAAGAAGGUUAUGACACGCAAGUCGGCGAGAAAGGCGUCAUGCUGUCUGGUGGACAGAGGCAGCGUUUGGCGAUUGCACGGUGCUUCCUUCGCAAGCCGCGGAUGUUAUUCUUGGAUGAAGCAACAUCAGCUCUUGAUGCAGAGAACGAGGCAAUUGUGCAGUGUGCGCUCGAGUCUUUGCUGUCUGAGCUGAAGAGCACAGUUGUGCUGAUUGCUCACCGACUGAGCACUGUUAUCAAUGCAACAUCGAUCUGUGUCGUACAGAAAGGAAGGAUUGUGGAGCAUGGCAAUCACGAAGACCUCGUUGCGGCCGGCGGAUUCUAUGCCCAGCUUGUCAGUCGCCAGCUUUCCCGUAAUGCAAGUGCUGUGAUGGAUUCCAAGGAGGAGAAAACAGAGAAUCUUGACAGCCACGUCAUCCAUAUGCAAUCGAGGCGACAGGUUUGUGUUGCGGCUCCUCAGUCGCCGCAAAUGUUUGCACACGAUGUUUUCGCCUAG